UUGAGGGGUAACAUUUUAGGGUCUCCAAAGGUCCCACAGGGUCUUUUUUGGUUUUCUACUUGCACCAAGGUUCUGGCCUGGAGUACACGGGAUGACUGUAUUUCCCCAUUGCUUUGGAUUUAUUCUCUGAAACAUAAACCGCUGGGAUUAUAAAUACGGAGGGAGACAAAUCCUGUUUUUGUGCUGUCGAAGUGAGGUGAUUUUUCCGUAGCCAUGGCUACAUGUAAUGUGGGUAUGCAACCUGUGCCGUAAGCAGCAGGAGAUUCUCACCAAAUCAGGAGAAUGGUUUUCAGGGCCGGGGGUGCGGCCUGUGAGCCUGGGCACCGCCCUGAACGACCCAGCCGUGGGGGGUGAGGCCCCACGGGACAGGAAGCUGCUCCGCUCCAGGUCCCAGGCCCCUCCCUCCAGCGCCAACACUAACGCGGGGCUGCCAGACGGGACACAACCUCCCGCUGGUGUCACUGCUGCCAAGGGUGCCGACACCAUGCCUGCCUCACGCUCUCAGAGUGAACCGCCUCGAGAAAAGAAAAGGCCUGUAUCCCUCCAUGAGCAAAAUGGUAAGGGAGGCAUGGGCCGCGGAAGUGGCCGGAGGCCUGCAGGGAAAUUGCCAUCUCAGUCAUCCCUAGAUGAGCGGCCGGGCCCUGGGGAUCGAGGAGACAGACGGGGAGGAGAUGGUCGGAGACUGGAGAAGAUCCAUUCUCAGGACUACGAGGACGGGGAAGAGCAGUUGGGUCGUGCAGAAAUGCACCGGAGACGCCCGGAGGAUGAGGAGCGGGAACGGGAGCAGAGGGAGCGCCAGCGCCGUGAGGAAGAGUUUCAGACUCGUUACCGUAGUGACCCUAACCUGGCUCGCUACCCAGUCAAGCCACAGAAAGAGGAGCAAGAAAUGCGCAUGCAUGCCAAGGUGUCCAAGGUCCGCCAUGAACGACGCCACAGCGACCUGGCGAUCAACGAGGUCGGACUGGGGCCUGGUGAAGGAGUAGGUGGAGGAGGCAAUGCAGGGGAUGUGCCUGAAAACCGCCUGAGCAGGAGGGGUGGAGGUGGCGAGGGAGAUCGCAAGGUUGUUUUGGAGAACCACCGAGCCUACUCUGUGGAUAGGACCGUGGGGGGUGGAGGGGGGCCUCCACCUGUCGGAGGCAGCCAGAGAUCAGGGCCCCAUUCUGGAGGACCGGUGCCACCAGACUGGGGUCCAAACAAGGGCCACCUAGAGCCCAGUAUGACUCGGACACCAAGGGACAAGGGUGGGGACAACCUGCUAAGGAAGGACUCGCAGAGCUCGGACCAGUCGGAGUCUUUGCGGCCGCCCCCUCCACGGCCCUACAAGAGCAAGCGUGGCAUCAACAAGAGGCAGAUGUCCAUCAGCAGCUCAGAAGAGGAGGGCGGCUCCACGCCCGAGUACACCAGCUGUGAGGACGUGGACAUGGAGAGCGUCAGCGAGAAAGGUGAUUGGGACUGCUAUCCUCUAGACCCUACAGUGUGGCAUCAUCCAGUUACGUGGCAGCCAUCCAAAGAGGGUGAUCACCUGAUCGGACGCAUCACACUGAGCAAGAGGUCGGCCAUGCCCCGUGAGGCUGGCUCCCUUCUGGGCCUGAAGGUGGUAGGAGGGAAAAUGACAGAGACAGGGAGACUCGGGGCCUUCAUCACCAAAGUCAAGAAAGGAAGCCUGGCGGAUGUUGUGGGGCAUCUACGAGCAGGUGAUGAGGUACUGCAGUGGAAUGGGAAGUCGUUGCCAGGAGCAACCAAGAAAGAAGUGUACAACAUCAUUCUAGAGUCCAAGGCUGAGCCUCAAGUGGAGAUUGUUGUUUCUAGGCCUAUAGGCUCUAUCCAUCGAAUUAUGUCCAAAAACUUCUUGAGAAAAGUGUAUAGAGCAUAUCAAGACGUCCCAAGAAUCCCAGAGUCAUCCCACCCUCCUUUAGAAUCUACGGGCUCCAGUUCCUUUGAGUCUCAGAAGAUGGACCGUCCCUCCAUAUCAGUGAUGUCCCCUACCAGCCCUGGAACUCUCCGAGACCUCCCCCUGGUUCUGCCUGGACAGCUUUCUGUGAAGCUGUGGUACGACAAAGUGGGCCAUCAGCUGAUCGUCAAUGUCCUUCAAGCCAUAGACCUGCCGCCCAGACUGGACGGACGACCUAGGAACCCUUACGUCAAGAUGUACUUCCUACCUGAUAGGAGUGAUAAGAGUAAGCGACGGACCAAGACGGUAAAGAAGAGUGCUGAGCCCAAGUGGAACCAGACCUUCCUCUAUUCCCAUGUUCACCGGCGGGACUUCCGAGAGCGCAUGUUGGAAAUCACUGUCUGGGACCAGCCCAGGGUGCAGGAGGAAGAGAGCGACUUCCUGGGAGAGAUCCUGAUAGAGUUGGAAACUGCCUUGUUGGAUGACAUGCCUCACUGGUAUAAGCUGCAGACCCAUGACGUGUCCUCUCUACCUCUGCCCCAGCCGUCCCCCUACCUUCCACGCAGACACGUCCACGGAGACAGCCCGAGCAAGAAGCUACAGAGGUCUCAUCGCAUCACUGAUGCAGAGUUUGAUGAUGGUUUGAUGGUAGUGGAUAAAGGUGCAGAGCGUAACUCCAGGGAGAGAGAGCGGAGCAGCACCCUGGCUGUCCCUGAGCAGCAGAGGCCGGUCCAGCACCGCUCCCGUUCGGUGUCCCCGCACCGAGAAGACUCAUGUAGGGCUCGCUCUCGACCCGCCCAUGUGCCCAUGCAAAGGAGUCUGGAUGAGAUUCACCAGAACCGCCACCACUCCCACUCCCCUUCCCGGUACCAUGAAUCCCACUUGGAGCACCAGCGCUCCGGUGACUCGGACUAUGAGUACUCCGAGGACAGUGAGGUCCUGGAGAUGCACAGGUCUAUCCGGGGCGGGAGUGCCGAGUGCCUGCACACAAACAGGGGUGUAGGUAGACACAGCAACACACUCCCCCCCAAAAUGCCCCUGUUAGUAAACGGUAUCCAUAAAGACAUUUACAGCUCCACCCUUCCUGCAUGCCUAAAGAGCAAGCCGCCCCGCGGGCAGGAAGGGGGCAGCACCAUGCCUCGUAGCGUCCUUACGCAUCGUGUGCUCAGGUUCACUGAUGAGGUCACGGUUAGUGACCUGCAGCCGUCAUUGGACAGAGUGAGGAGUGCCAGCACCACCUGUCUGAGACCGGACACCAAUUUCCAUGCCUCCGACAGAGACAGGUGCACCAGCUCUUUGCCCCGCAGGACACCCCCCAGCCCCAGGAUCUUAGUAGAGCAUGUCUCCCUUGAAGAAGACAGGCAGUCUAACAAUACAGCCAGGCCAAACUCUCAAAGAUCCAGCAAAAAAGGCCUGGAGGGGGACAGAGCACACGGCCAUGGCAGCCCCUCCCCUCCAAUGGGGACUCCUUCGUCACGUCGCAGGGGCAGGCAGCUGCCGCAGCUCCCUGCUAAGAGCAGCAGCAUAGAACAAGCCCUUGCAGUAGAGGAGCGAGCCCAACAGUUUCAGAUGAAAGUACAUUCCUACCGGCCUUCAGCCUCCCACGACCCUGAGACGGACCUCAAGACCAAACGGGAGAUGUAUGCAGAACAGAGGCGUAGCAGCGACAACAUGUCGGCCAGAUCGUCAGACAGCGAUAGGAGUGACGUGUCGGCCCUCUCCCGCGCCAGCAGUGCCUCCCGCCUCAGUAGCACCAGCUACAUGUCUAUCCAAUCAGAACGACCCAGGGGACGACUCAGAUCUAAGUCAUUAGAGGAGGAGAAGAAAGACAGGAGGAUCUCAUGGGGGGUGAAUGGGACGGAGGAGGAGAGGCAGAAGGCAGCAGGGAAGAGGCGUUUCUCUGAGGAGUUGAAGCGCAGGAGACACACGGUGACCGGAGACACCAGGGAGUCCAGUCGGCAGACGCGAGCGUCGGCGGGCCGCAGUAUGCUGAAGAGCUCCAGUGUGAGCGGUGAGAUCUACACCCAGGAACGCACGGAUGGCAGCCAAUCAGACACAGCAUUGGGUACAGUGGGUGGCAGCAGCAAGAAAAGGCGCUCCAGCCUGAGUGCGCGGGUGGUGGCCAUUGUUGGCAACCGCCGCAGUCGCAGCACCUCACAGAUCAGCGGCCCUGAGGGGAAGAGUAAGAAGGAGAAGGGUGUACCCAUCAAGAGGAGCACAGAGACUGGCAUGGCAGUAGAGCUGACCAGGAACAUGAGCCGCCAGCCCAGCAGAGAGUCCAACAAUGGCAGCAUGAACAGCUACAACUCUGAGGGGAAUUUGAUCUUCUCUGGAGUGAAUCUGGGUGCCAACAGUCAGUUCAGUGACUUCCUCGACGGUUUGGGACCGGCGCAGUUAGUGGGCAGGCAAACACUGGCUACACCUGCCAUAGGUGAUAUCCAGAUUGGGAUGAUGGACAAAAAGGGUCAGCUGGAGGUGGAAGUUAUCAGAGCCCGGGGACUCGUGCAGAAGCCAGGAUCCAAAUCCCUCCCUGCUCCAUAUGUCAAGGUCUAUCUGCUGAAUAAUGGGGCGUACGUAGCCAAAAAGAAAACCAAGAUUGCACGGAAAACACUCGACCCACUGUACCAGCAAGCACUGCUAUUUGAGGAAAGCCCACAGGGUAAAGUCUUACAGGUGAUUGUAUGGGGAGACUACGGCCGCAUGGACCACAAAAGCUUCAUGGGAGUUGCACAAAUCCUACUGGAGGAACUGGACUUAUCAAGCACAGUAAUUGGCUGGUACAAGUUGUUCCCACCAUCCUCUUUGGUGGAUCCUACACUAGCCUCCCUAACGCGACGAGCUUCCCAGUCGUCACUUGACAGCUCCUCCGGACCCCCUGGGGUCCGAUCCUAGUGGACCAAUAGAACUACACCGCUUAGUGAAUAACAAACUCACGAACGUACUGUAGAGAAUAACUGAAAAUGGCGGAAAUAUAGAACAACAACAAUCAGAAACAGAGUCACAAAUGAGAAAGCUUUGUUGAGAUCUGACAAUCACUCCUGUCGCGUUUAAUUUUGUUCUAGGGAACGCUACAUUUCGAUGUUUCAUUUCCAUUUGAUGAAAAAUCUCAUCGUUUUUCUCCGUUUAUAUCGAAGAACUAGGGCUGUCAAUAGUCAACAGGCAGUAGGUAACACUGCUUUUGAGAUGAGAGACAGGAAAAAAAGGAGUGGCAUGUGUCAGAGAUUGAGAAUCAAUGGAAGCAGGGUGGUUUUUAAACUGAAUCAACAAUAAUAAAGAAAUGUAUGUAAGCGUUGGAAUGUAUGGACUUGAGACAGAGGUAAUCACCCUCCACACCUGCAGGGGGCGUAACCGCGUCCUCUCUGCAGUGGCCUCCUCCAGAACCCCAAUAGACUGCCAGCACGUCUGCCCCCGGGCGGGCUGCUCCCCUGUGGGUAGUCAGUCUGGAAGCACAGGGCCUUCUUCUGGUGCCUAGACCUCGGAGCCGCAUCACUGGUCCUUCUCUCUGUCGAAAGAUCCUGUUUUCAAUAUGUUUACCAUGGCUGGUCUGAAGCCACACUGUUUUAGUGUGUUUGCUUUUGUUGUUCAUUUCUUCCCUUGUUACUACUGGCACAAAAUGUUUUUAAAAUGCGUAAAAUGCUCAUGAUAUGUUGUCAGUCUGGUGUGUGCAUGGAGAGAUUAAAAAAAAAACAUAAAUGGGAAAAAAAGGAAAAUGAUACAAAAAAUUAAUAAAUAAAUGUCUGCAAAUGUUAUGCAGGGGGAUUGUUUGAGUGUGACACAGCUUAAGAUUUUUACACUUGAAGAUGAGAUUAGCGUGCAGCGUCGUUUUCCUCGUCCCACCGCUGGCAAACGUCCAGGCCAGUCGUCUUUGUAUAGAUGUAUAUUAGGCCUCCCAGGAGGUUGACCAAUAAAUAGAAUUUAUGUCACUUUGAAAUAUCGCAAGGGUGUCACAUCACUGUAAAAAAAAAAAAAAGAAAAAAGAAAAAAGUAAAUUUUGUUCACCCUCACAAAAACAAGGUAGGUCAAUAUCUUAUUUUCUUGUUUUUUUGGGAGGGAGUACAUCCCCUGACCCCAGCACGUUUAAGGUUUUUAUCCGAUCUUCAGUUUACAUUAUUUUGAGAUUUAAACACAAGCACAAGAGCUUGAUUUUUUUACAACACAAAGUUUAACUUUUUGAAAAAAA